AUUUCUGACAACCCCGUUACCUGAAUUUACGCGACCUGGUGACAACCCGAUUUGUCAUUGACCUAACUAAAUAAUAACUUAAAUCAAGUUAAUAUUUUUUUUUUAUAAUUACCUAAUCUAGAACAAGUGAAAAGCAUUAAACCAAAUUUAACCAAAUAAGUUAAUUAUAAGGUUAAAACUUUACUAGACCUGAUAGCUACCGUACUCGGUUUUAACCCGUGUCCGAUAGUAAACCCGACCUGAAUUUUAACCGACCCGGUAAUUAUCCGAUCCGAACUUGACCUGACUCGUUAAGACCCGAACCCGUAAUUUUACCCGACUAGAAAAAGACCCGACCCGAACCGAACCCGACUUAUACCGAAAGGGAAAAUUAACCCGACAUGACCCGACAAAUUUUCAACCUGACCGAACCCGACCUGAAACCGACCUGCACCCGGUGAUAAAAUGACCCGACACAACCCGGCCAGAUCAUGACCCGUGACCCGACAUGACCAGACCCGGACCCGACUCGAGUAACCGUUUUGACAGCUCUACUCUAUAGUCUAUACCAAGGUCCAUGGUCCAUCAGCCAAAGAGGUGAAAUGAACUUCUCAUAGUGACACUCCUUAACUUGUUAUGGAGGAAAAAGACCGCGUUAAUUUUGAAUAUGUUCUUUUAUUCUUAUGGAUCAAAUUAGACAAGACUAGACCAGCCAGAAAAAAUAAAAGAGGCUCGCAGGAAACAAUCAAAUCGGAUUAUACCACACUAAAUCAAACCAAAAAUUAGAUAAAUCAGAUCACACCAGACGAACAGGGAAAAAUGUCUUUUAUCACCGGAUUUUGACGACCCUAAUUAUGCUUUUAUUAUUAUGAGCAAUCAUAUGAUUGUUAAUUUAUUUAUUCUUAUGGAAAAAUCAUACUCUAUGAAUUGUUUUGUUAAGUUGUUUACUCUUCAUAUGGCCAAUCAGCAACAGUAGCGUAUCCGUUACAUAAAAAAUCUCUACAAAAUGAAAGUGGACCCACCAACCGCAAAGUCAUCCGAGCCGUCUAUUCCAUCAUCACCCACCCAAAUCAUCAUAACCAUCGCCCCUGAAUUUUCCACGUAAUACACCCUCCAACAAAUAUAUAUCCAUAGAAUAAACCCAACAACAAAAUCCAUAAAAAAAUCCCCACUCUCUCUCUAAAUUCUCUCUCCUCCCCUUUUUCCUUUUACUGUAUUUUUUUCCCACUUUUGUCACCGGAAAUAAUGAUCCGAUACAUCGCCGGCGUACCGUUAUUCCUACUGCUGCUUCUAAGUCCACUGGCCGAGUGCCGUCAGAUUACCGACGACUUCCUCCGAUUACCGUCUGAUCGUUCUUCAAUUCUUGAUCAUGCAUUUCCGCAUAUGAACGACGUUGAUGAUGAUCCUAUUGGAACUAGAUGGGCGGUUCUGAUUGCUGGGUCUAACGGGUACUGGAAUUACAGGCAUCAGGCUGAUGUUUGUCAUGCCUACCAAGUAUUAAAGAAAGGCGGUCUCAAGGAUGAAAAUAUAAUUGUUUUCAUGUAUGAUGACAUCGCUUAUCACGAGGAAAAUCCAAGACCUGGGAUCAUCAUCAAUAGCCCCCAUGGAAGUGAUGUCUACACCGGAGUCCCAAAGGAUUAUACUGGGGAACAUGUGACUGUCAACAACUUUUUUGCAGCUUUACUUGGUGACAAAGCAGCUAUUACUGGUGGCAGUGGAAAGGUAGUGGAUAGUGGCCCUAAUGAUCAUAUAUUUCUCUAUUACUCAGACCAUGGUGGUGCUGGUGUGCUCGGUAUGCCUACUGUUCCGUUCCUCUAUGCUGAUGGGCUGAUAAAUACUUUGAAAAAAAAGCAUGCUUCUGGAACCUAUAAGAGUAUGGUAAUAUAUGUUGAAGCCUGUGAGUCUGGCAGCAUUUUUGAGGGUCUUCUUCCUGAAGGGCUUAACAUAUAUGCUACCACCGCAUCCAAUGCUGUAGAGAGUAGUUGGGGGGCCUAUUGUCCUGGUGAUUAUCCUAGUCCUCCUCCAGAGUAUGAUACAUGCUUGGGUGAUCUGUAUAGUGCGGCUUGGAUGGAAGACAGUGAGAUUCACAACUUGCGGACGGAAACCUUGAAGCGUCAAUAUGAACUGGUUAAGAUGAGGACAGCCAAUGGAGGCUCUUAUUAUGGCUCUCAUGUCUUGCAGUUUGGUGAUAAAGAGCUUAGCAAAGAGAAACUCUACAUGUACAUGGGUACAAAUCCUGCUAAUGAUAAUUUUACAUUUGUGGAUGAUAACUCAUUGCGCCCGAUGUCCUCUAAAGCUGUCAACCAGCGGGAUGCUGAUCUUGUCCACUUUUGGGAAAAGUUUCGAAAGGCUCCUGAAGGCUCUCAAGAAAAGAUGGAAGCUCAGACAAGAUUUGUAGAGGCAAUGUCACACAGAGUUCACUUAGAUCACAGCAUUAAACUUGUUGGCAAGCUUUUGUUUGGAAUGGGAAAAGGUCCAGAGGUCCUUCAUACUGUCCGCCCUGCUGGGCAACCCCUAGUUGAUGACUGGAGUUGUCUUAGAACACUGGUUAAAACGUUUGAGAUGCACUGUGGAUCUCUAUCUCAGUACGGAAUGAAGCACAUGCGUUCCAUAGCAAAUAUUUGCAAUGCUGGAAUCAGAGCUGAUCAAAUGGCUGAAGCAUCAGCACAGGCUUGCCCUAGUGUUCCUUCUGGUCCUUGGAGUUCCCUGCACAGGGGAUUCAGCGCUUGAUGCUGCCUGCUUUAUUCCUCCAGAUCAUAGAAAAAUCAAUAGAAAAGAUGCAUUUGUAUCUCCAGUUACUGUAAUUAUUUCCCGUGUAAAUAAUACUUGUUCAAUGAAACUGUAAUGAAAUGCUUAUAUGUAAAAGCAGUGUUGUUUGUGA